AUGGCCUGUCUCUCAAGCGAGACUUUACAUUCCAGUUCCUCAGUCACAGUGAUGAUGUUGGUCGACUCCGUACCGAGCGUCGAUGACAAUGCUUGUAUUUACGGUAUCCAUCCUCCCAGCUUGCAAUAUUUCGCUGGUACGCCCGCCGUUUGCGUGUCAUUUGUGGGGUAUCUGUGGAUAGGCACGCAGCCCAUGCUUUAUCCUCUCUAUUGUCCGCCUGCCAGUCUGGAUGAUCUCAAACUAAAACUGUCACUAUUUGCUUAUUUGCAUGCUCCUAUGAGUCAUGGCACGCCAUAUGAGCGAGAGGGCAAGGAAGUCCCUGUAUUUGUCUUAGCUCUGCCUGAAAUCAUGCCGUUUCUCAAUUUGCCAUGGUUACGGGAAAAUUUUCCUCCACAGCGCCAUAUACGGUGUGUUGGGGUGGCUCGCGAACACGAGCCUGAAACUCUGAUUCAUUUCGCGCAGUAUCCUUACGGGUACUACCUCCCCAGUGAUCAGUCGGUCAACGGCUCUGAAUCAAUUCUCCAGACUACAUGGGUAGAAAGAGACAGCCAGACACAGUCUCCAAAGAAUCAUGACGACCUGUCCCAACUGGCGAAGGGGUCUCGCAUACCUACGCAUCCUCAUGAGGGUUCAUGUUCCGAUGUCAGAGUCCGCAAUAUUGGCGCUCGCUCUUCCGUGGAUGAGCCAGUUCAUGUAUGA